CCGCGGCCUCCGGGACGGCCCUAACUGCCCUACUAAAGCUUCCCGAUUCGCUGACAAUACUUGCAAUGGCAUCCUCUACCAUUCCCCCUUUGGAGGUGAUCAAGCACCUAUCGAUGAUUGUGUCAAUCCAUGAUCACCUCACUCCUUUAGCAUCUGUGGCACACCCCGAGUCCCGCCGAGAUCCCGCACAACGCACUACCCUGACUAGGAUCUCGACCACCUCAGCCUGUCGUAGUGACUUCAACCUGUGAUAAUGGGUGCAUCCGAACCCUCCUCACUCCUCAAUACCUUGGCCCACCAAUUACGCUCGGCGACGGAGAAUGGCACCCCGCGUCGACGUACAAAGCGCAGCAAGCUAGGCCAGGAGAACUGCGCCGGAGACACAGGCCUUGGCCCGGGAACUAACCUUGUGGGCAUCCCCCUGGCUGACCCCUCGUCAACGACGCCAUCGUCCAGCAGUCAUGCGCGCCGGUCGGGCGAGCAGAAGAGGCUCUCCAAGCGCAGAAAGUCCCGUUCCCUUCUGCGUCGCUGCAGACACUUCGCCACUAAGCACACGUGGACGAUCCCUCUCCUUCUCUUGCUCGCCUUCCUCUCCCUUUACGCCGUCAAUCCGAGCGAGUCCAACAUCGUCUCCCAUUUCAUCUUCCUCUCCUACAAGCAGCAACCUCCUGGCGCUAUCGCCAACCGCAGCAUGCCGGUGCAUUAUGGCAAGGGCACCUGGGAUAUCGCCUUCGUGGCCUUCUAUACCAUUGUCUUGUCCUUUACGCGGGAGUUCAUCAUGCAAGAACUCUUGCGCCCCUUGGCUCGUUUCUGCGGCAUCAGGUCGCGCGGCAAGCAGUUACGCUUCAUGGAGCAGAUGUACACAGCCAUCUACUUUGCCGUCAUGGGACCGGCGGGCGUAUAUGUGAUGCACCGAACGCCAGUGUGGUACUUCAACACGCGAGGCAUGUACGAGUCCUUCCCACACAAGACCCACGAGGCUGUUUUCAAGUUUUAUUACUUGUUCCAGGCGGCGUAUUGGGCGCAGCAGGCUGUCGUCAUGUUGCUGGGCAUGGAGAAGCGGCGCAAGGACUUCAAGGAGCUUGUAGCACACCAUAUCGUUACCUUGGCUCUCGUUGCCCUGAGCUACCACUUUCACUUCACGUAUAUGGGCAUCGCCAUUUAUAUAACCCAUGAUAUCAGUGAUUUCUUUCUUGCCGCCUCCAAGUCACUCCAUUACAUCGACAGUCCCCUGUCAGGGCCGUACUUCGGCAUCUCCAUCGGCGCGUGGAUCUACUUGCGUCACUACCUGAACCUGCGAAUCAUCUUCUCGCUCCUCACCGAGUUCAGGACCGUUGGCCCCUACGAGCUCAACUGGGAGACGCAGCAGUACAAAUGCCUGCUCUCCAAUUUCGUCACCUUCGGGUUACUGGCUGCGCUCCAGGCCCUCAACAUCUUCUGGCUGUUCUGCCUCUUGCGCAGUGCGUACCGCAUCGUCGUGUAUCGCGUGGCCAAAGACGACAGGUCCGAGGAUGAGGACGAGGGCGAGGGCGAGGAGCUUGAGAAGGUGGUACGCACUCAGGAGGAGACGAAGAAGGUUAAGGCACUGCCAUUGUUGAACGGCAAUGGGUUUGUCGAUUGCAGUGCAAACGUGAUCAAGGCCAGUGGCAAUGGGACGCCCGCUCCACCCACGAGGAGGAAAGUCGCUCUGUAGAGGCUCUUUCCCCUGAGAUUCUUCGUCGUUCAGGGCUGGAAAUUAACGGCACUUCCUCUCGGUCAGCUUUGGUUCCAAGAAGUCAAAGUCACCAUGGAGAGGCAGAGGCUCGUUGAAAGUGAGGUUGUGUUGUGGGGGAGAGAGAGAG